UUUUCUUCUUUUUUUUCUCCAAAGAAUUCUAGCACCACAGACACAAAGCCUAACAUGAAAGAAGCACCAAGAUCUGCCGUAACGUUUCUUUCGGUGAUAUGUGCUUUGACCGACUGAAAGAAAGCUAUAGCCCAGAUCGAGCGUUAGAUUGCUAGAUUUUGGCUGCUUUUUCAGUGUCAAAGGUGAAAACAGCGGAGUUUGUGACGUAUUUUUCGUAAACAAGAGGAAUAUUUUUGCUUAUGCGUCUAAUUGUUUGAUUUUUCUUCGUUUUAAAAUCUCUAGAUCUAUGUGUUUGUGAAUGAUUUUGUGCCCAUGUGUAGGUGAAUGUAGCCUACAUAUGCGAGCGCCCAUGUGAGGCAGGGGACUGGCGGGCGCUAGAUCCCAAAAUGGAAAAUUCAAGAUAAUCUGGGAUAGUCGUGCAAAAUAAAUGCAAGCAAACCACUGCUCAAAAUGCCGCUGUAAACAAAAUCUCAUCAAUGAUCAAGCAUUGCAAUAGUUCAAUAAUAUAUUCUAGAUCUUGAUGACAUGUGUAUUUUUUUAAGGAUAAUAUGUACUGUGGAACUUUGAGAGAUCAGUCCCUCUCAAAAUGCUUCGGAUCACCGCCUUGAACGACACAGCCAACACCCAGGAUGACCCUCGCAACAUCCAGCUCUCCAAGACAAAGGAGGCCAAGGAAGCAGAGGCAUUUGCUGUGUAUAACAAGGCACUGCUCCACCAGCAAAAGGGAAACUCUGUGUAUACAGAAAAGCUGCUCCGGAAUCUCUUUGACCACCCACUGCUGAGAGAGGCUGCAAGUCUUGUGGAGGAUGAGGCUCAAACUCCCAACCACAGAGGGCUGCAACUGUUGUACUCUAUCCACAAGAACCUGGCGUCUAUCUUGCUGCAGCGAGAUGACUACCACGAGGCUAUGGCUUCUUACAUUCAGGCCGUCCGCAUCGACUCGAGUGAAGUGACGGUGUGGUACAAGAUGGGCCAUGUGGCCCGCAAACUGCACAAUUAUCCCUUGGCCAAGAUUUGUUUCCAGCAGGGCUUGGUGUGUAACCCGAACCACUGGCCGUGUCUGGACAAUGUGAUCACUGUGACCUUUGCUCUGGGAGAUUACCUCAUGUGCUUGGAACACAUCAGCACUGCCUUGGAAAAGGACGCGGGUUACCCUAAAGGUCUGGUAUUCCGUAAACAGAUCAUCAAGGAACAUCCGUCUCUGGAGAGCCUGACAAAGGAGUUGUUUCUCCACUGCGAUCCUUUCAUGGAUUCUUCACCGGUUGACGAGGAGGAGGCAGCAGAGCUCCUUGAGGAAGCCAGGAAGAUCCGCACAAAAUGUCGUCAGUUGGCCUCGGAGGACAGAGAAAAAGAAGCACAGCCUGUGACCUUUGCCAAGUCUCUGACCCCCUUCACGUGGACCAAUGUUGGCGAGCAGUUGAUAUCUCUCUAUGAUUUUGCCACAAGCAGCCAGCCACCGAAGAGUCUUGGACUUGAAGUGGACAUGAGGGACUAUUUCUUCCUGGACCAGUCAGUUCUGGGAUCAGGUCUCUCAACAAACAACGCAGAUUCAAACCGAAAACCAAUUGGGUCGAGGAGAGUUUCCUUCGAGGCGGCCACACCCACCGAGGGAACAGGAAGCGCCUUCCAGCGCGCUAAACAGCGGGGCGCCGUAGUCAAGGUCACGCCCAAGUCUCUGAACAUCUCGGAUUUUAUGAAAGAGUCGGCGCUGUUGGAGAGGUUACAGGGCCGGGCUCCGAGCGGUGGCAGCGGCAGUGGUAGUGGUAGUGGUGGUGAGGAGAGGAGGAAGUCCUCCGCCGAACCGAGAGAGGGGAGAGAACAACGUCCACCGAGAGAGGGGAGAGAACAACGUCCGCAGGAGGAAGUUGGCAAACGAGCGGGCCAGACGGGAGGAGCAGCAGAAGACGACGACGAGGGGAUGGAGGUUGACCCGCCCGUUCUGUCUCUGCUACAGGGGGAGGGGGAGAUGGACAUCAGUCUGGAGGAUAUUCAGAAAAUUCCCCUGGCCCCCGAUCUGCUCCUGAAGGCGGACGAAGAAUGCCUGGCGCUGGCAGACGUCACGCCUCUCGAGCUGGCAGAUGCCAAGUCUCUGGACCACGUUCUGGCGUCCGUCAUCGAUAUGGAGUUUGCCCAAGCGGCCGGGGAGGACAAGGACAAACAGGGUCCCAGCUCGGCCAUGGUGGAAGAUGCGGCAAAGUCUGGUGAGCCGAGACAGACGUCUGCUGAGCUGGGUGGGGACCCUGGCGUUGUCCGAAGGGAGGAGGGGGAAGAGGAGGGUGGCUGCGCUGUUGUUGCGACGGUCGGUUCGGAUGGAGCUGGAGCCACUGAGGGCGUGGCCCCAUCCAGGGCUGUGUUGUUGUCACCUCGUAGCCACGGCUCUCUUGGCCAUGCCCACCUUUCUCCAAGUCACGCCCAAUCCUCUCCAGGCCAUGCCCAAGUUUCUCCUCCCAGCCACACCCACCUGUCUCCAAGUCACACCCACCUGUCUCCAAGUCACGCCCAAGUUUCUCCAGGCCACGCCCACCUCUCUCCCCCUGUAGGCACCAACACUCCGAGCCACACCCGCCCUGCUUCCUCCCCUAAAGGUCACACAGCGUUAGGUCAGUCUCACAUGUCACCUGGCCAUGACCUCCAGGACCUCAGAGGUCAACCAGAAAUGUCGCUUAACCCGCCCCGUGCCGCCGCCCAUCUUCCCCCUGGAUUUUCUUCUCCUUCAAAAUCUUCCACCCACGGUGAGAACAAUGCUGGAAUUCCCCCUUCUCCUGCCCCUCCCGGCUCCACACCCCAUCCCUCCUCCUCCUCCUCCCCUCGACAAACCAUCUCCACCCUCUCACUCACGGCUGUCCAACAGUUAAACUCCGCCCCUCUCUCCGUGUCCCUGGACAAGUACUCCACCCAGCUUCAGCCGCCAGAAGCGGUCCACUCCCCGAUUGCGACAUUCCUUCUGUCCCCCAACUCUUCGUCUACGACCGUUCCAAGAUGGUCGCCUUAUCUCAGCGUUUUGGAUACCCCACUUCUGGGACAUGCGACCCGUGAAGGCGGGGCGGUGAAAUCUGAAAGCUCAAAACUGGCUCAGCAGGAUUUGAUAAGCCCUUCUCAUGAUUCCCAGACGUUGAUGAAAAGUCCAUCCCAAGCGUUAAAAAGUCCGCCGCAAGCGAUGAAAAGUCCUUCCCAAGAUUCACAGGCGUUGAAGAAUUAUUCACAGGCAUUAAGUCCUUCUCGAGAUUCUCAGCAGGUGUUGAAAAGUCCUUCGCAAGAUUCUCAGGUCUUGAAGAGUCCUUCGAAAACUUCUCAGGCGUUGAAAAGUCUGUCUCAUAGCGGAGAGAAGGGGGUGGGGGCGGAGAAAAUGCUGUCGUCAACAGCCGCGGAGAGAGUGAGACGUGGAGAUUUGAUCGAAGACAUUGUGCGUAGUCAUCUGGCAUCUGAUGCUGGGCAGGGUCCAAGCGUUUCUCCACUGGACGUUCACAGGUCAAAGGUCGUUAAUCUGGGUUUGAAAUCUCAGUCAUCGGCUGUUGCUUUGUCUGGUGUGGUGGGUGCUUCAGUGGGAUCCAAACCCCCUACAGGACUUCUGGCUACAACAGCGAGCCAGCUAACUCCGCAGGGAGGAACCACCGCACCCCACCACCUCCGUCUAGGACACAGCUCGGCGAGUAGUGGGAAUUUUCCCACUCGUCACCAACACGAUCGUCUCACCAGUAUUGACGUCCCAUUGGUCGCUCACGAGGUAAGCAGCUGUCCUUUGUCACCACGACAGCAACAACAACAACAACAGAGCGCAGUCUCUCUUCUGCCGCGGAGACACGCCCACUCCGACCCUGUGCUGCCCCAAGAGAAGUCGGGAGAGAGGUCAGAGUUCGUGUCGGUGGCGCCCAGGUUGAGCCGGACACAGAGCGCUCUGUCUGCCUUACACGUGGAAUCUUUGCUAGGACUUCCUUCCCCAGCUACUUCUUUGUCCAGCCAGCCGGGAAGACGUUCGGAAUGGGGCACGGAAGGGCUGUUGACCACAGCUGCUGCUGCUGCCCACCAACGCGAAAGUGGACAUAUAAAGUCAAGGUCAUUGUUGUCAAGGUCAACGUCAGUGCCGGGCUACUACAGCCAGCACAAGUUGUCGUCGACAGAUUUAUCCCAUCACCCAUCGGUUUUAAGCCCACCACACCACAACCCUCCCUCCUCCUGGUGGUCGUCUUUCUUCCCCGCCUCCUCCUCCUCCUCCCCCUCCCUCACUCCCUCGCUGAACCAACAGCCGCUCAGCUCCCUGCCAGGCUCCUCCUUGCUCCGCGGCCAGCCGAGUUCGUUUCCUCCGUACCCCGUACGCGGCAGCCACCACAACAACCCGGACGUGAGAAAUGCAACCCCAACCCCCUCCUCCCCUCUUCUGUCCAGCCUUCCACCAGCACCACCUUCAUCAACAACUACCACCCCGCUCUGGCAACCUUACUCCACACGUCCACCUCUGUCUAGCGGCCAGUCGAAAUCUGGGAAGGUUUCAACGUCUUAUCAGACAACGUCAUCAUCGUUGUCACCACCCACGCAGUUGGCGGGACUUGUACAGAGAAGCCCGCACGGGUCGCCCAGUAAGAUCUUGUCUCCCACCGGCACUUCACCUGAGCAUCAGAGAGCCCUCUCACACUCUCCCAUUUCCUCUCAGGGGCGACAAGCCAAAGGUCUCUCGCUUCUCAGUCACUUGUCACCCUCUGAAGGUCACACGGGGGGUCAUGCUCAAGGUCGCGAUGGGGGAAGUGUUGACAGCCGCGUCGGUUCUACAACCCAGAGCCGGGCUUCUGGUCUCUCACCGCACAAGACUCCUGUCGCAGCCAGUCAAGUCCACAGUGAUCACAGCUACCACCAGAAGAGAGAGCAGUUGUUCCAGUCUAUGGUGGAGACCAUGCUCACCUCCUCCAGUGGUGGACCCGCCACCUCUGACCCCACGCAACAACGACCGACCUCCGCCCAGGUGCUGGCUCAGAACGUGACGCCACUAACUUCACUCGAUUCUGCUGCUCGAAGUUUGACGCAACAAACGUCGCCCAAUUCAGCCGCUGGGAGGGCUAGGAGCAAUCGAGGAAUCAGCAGUGCUGGGGCAGGUACCUCAUCGUCGUCGAGGAGAGGAGCCAAAAGAAAAGUGGAGGUGGCUGCGCUGUCGUCGUGGUCAGAGGAGUGGUCGAGCGUGUCGAAGCGGCGGUCCACAAGAAGCCGCACAGGCCGGGGGAAGAAGGAGAAGAAAGAGAUGGACUACCAGGGGCUGAUGAGGAAAUACUUGCCCUCCUCCCUCCUCAAGUCUUAUCACGGCGAUCACGUCUCUCUGCAUGAGGACACUCCGAUGGAGACGCCUGACAGCGCUGCUGCCCCUGAAACGACGAAGAAGGAAGAUGGUCAAGGUCAAGGAUGUUUGCCCGCCUCCGAAUCGCUGAAAGCCAAGGAAGAGGAAGACGUUAGGAAUUUUGUGCGGGAGUGUCUGAAGGGACACGGAAUUCUUCAGAUGGUUUACAAGUUUUUGCUCCGCUUGUCCCUCAAGUGGCGCUUGUGCUGGUACGAGGGCGUGGUGCGGGUGUACCUGGAGCUGUACGCCCGCCUGCGCAGCCACUGGACCGUGCCGUGUGUGCACGUCAGUCCGCAGGGGUUCAGCGCCGACGGUCUCCGCGACAACGCCUCGGUGGUUCUCGUCUGGUACGAAUUGUAUCUGGAUAAGCUGAUGGGGGAGAGAGGCGGCAGCAAAAGUAAUUUGCUGAGUCCACCCCCGCCCUCUUUGAAGACCACCACCGCUGGCGAGGCUGGUGACGCGACCGACGCCAGUUGUCUCCCCUCAGCCAGGCAGCGGGAGGAAGAUCUGCUCUUUCUGGCCGCCAUGAGGAACAGGGAGGACGCCCUCGGUGACAAAUUUGGUGAGUUUUUCGUGCGGGUCUACUGGCUGAAGGCGAAGCAACACCAGCUUCUGAACGAGACCUUGGAUGCCGUGGACUGUUACGAGAUCACCACAGAGCUCCUGCAGGAGCAGCAGCAGCAGCAGUCUCAGAAAGAGAGCUCGGACAUCCCUCCAUCUGCUGAAAAGGUGAGUGUGACUCUCCCCAAUGUCAAGUUCAGUGGCGUCAUCUCCGAGCGAGAAGUGAGCAAACAGCUGGAUAGUCUGCAGCGGUGCAAGAACCUGGAGGAGACGCAGAGACUGCACGAGCUGGGCAGACAUGAGGAAGUGGUCAAUAACCUCAUGUCCACCUUCAGUAAACAGGGAGUGAGCAGCCCACGGGUGACAAGUCUGCCCGAGCGGCCGUCCCAACUGCUUCUGCUCCAGGACUCACUGCACAGCCUGGAUCGGCAGAACGAGUGCGUGUUCAGUGGCGUCAUCUCCGAGCGAGAAGUGAGCAAACAGCUGGAUAGUCUGCAGCGGUGCAAGAACCUGGAGGAGACGCAGAGACUGCACGAGCUGGGCAGACAUGAGGAAGUGGUCAAUAACCUCAUGUCCACCUUCAGUAAACAGGGAGUGAGCAGCCCACGGGUGACAAGUCUGCCCGAGCGGCCGUCCCAACUGCGUCUGCUCCAGGACUCGCUGCACAGCCUGGGUCGCCAGGACGAGUGCGUGGUAUGGGCCGAGGUGUCUCUCCACGAGGCCCUGCAGCACUACAAGCGAGUCCCCACACCGCAGCUCCGGCAGGACUGGGCGGACACCCUCGUCUCGCUUUUUGCCAGUUUGGACAGGGUUCUCAGUGAGGACGGAGACUUGCUGAAGGCAUUGAGUGAGAAGUGCACGGUCCGUCUGGUGGAGAACAUCCUGUCUGUCAUAGAGAUUAUCCUGGACGUGGCCGACUCGGUCACAGAGAUGCCCAUCAGCUCCGUGCUGCCCUGGAAGAUCUUGUACAGGGUCAUCAAGUUUGAAGAGACGCGAGCGUCCUGUGAGAAGACGGAGUCGGCGAGAAGGGAGAGCUGUGAGCAAGACAGCGAGGAACUCAGCCCCUCCCUCCUCAUGCUGAUUGACGCUCACCAGUAUCUGGGGAAACAUGGCUGGUGCACCCACGAGAACGGAGAGCUGCUUUUGUUCACCAUGUCUGUGUUGUACGAGAAGCUGAAGGGGAGGGAGGAGGAAGAAGAAGAGGAGGAGGAAGACAAGGAGGCUCUGUCUACGGCCUUUGAGCAGUGCGUCUUCUGUCUGUAUGGGCACCCCAACAAGAGGGGGAAGGCCAAACACCUGAGUGAGCACAACAGCAGCCCGGUGCCCCUGACCUGGGCGAGGGCGGGCCCGGUGUUCCAGCACUUUGUCCCGGCCCAGGUGCCUGAGUUUGACAGUUACAAGACCAGCACCGUCUCCUCCGAGCUGGAGAACCUGCUGAAGAGGAUGUACGUCCUGGUGCCGGCACGGCUCAACCCAGACUGAGUUAAAGCUGGACGCUCCCAUCAACAAGAAGUCCGAGUCGGCGCUGCGCUGUUUUAGGAGGGCGGUGGAGCUGGAGUCUGGCAGUCACAAGCUGUGGUUGGAGUACGGCUCUCUGGCCUAUCAGCUCCACUCUCACGCCUCGCGGCAGCUCAAGCUCCGGGAUAUGUUCCCUGUGUCUGGAGAGCAAGUCUUGAACGCACAGGUGCGACGCUCGGAGAUGCUGAGUCUGGCCCAGUCCAGCUACAGGCAGGCGGGCCGCUGUGAGGGGGAGAGCACGGAGGACGACUGGCUCACUCACUACAUGCUGGGCAAGAUGGCGGAGAAGAGGAGGGACCGGCCGUAUGUCUAUCUGGAGUGUUACAGACAGGCGGCCAUAUGUCUCCACCAGGAGGAGGCAGUCUACCCCAGGAAGAUUCUGUUUGCCAGCUACCCCCCACACCUGGCCCUGGAGUCUGUGGAGGUGUUCUAUCGCGUGCACGCCAGUGUGUCCAAACUGUUGUUGUCGGAGGGGGCGGCGGGGGAGGCGCUGACCGCUGAGGAGAUGACCGUCCUGGAGAGGUACGUGGAGGGAGCGCUGAGUGGUCACUUCGCCCGCGGGGAGGAGAAGAGGAGGCAGGUGUGCAAGGAGGACAGAGAGAGCAGCACUACCACAAGCACUAAACCCCCCACCACCGCCAGCAGCACUAGCGGCAUCACCACCACCACCACCUCAACCACCACCAGGGCUGUCAGAUUAGACAAACCGGUCUACCACAAAACCACGCCGGACCACGACUAUUCCCGACACAAGAGCACCAGCGACUCUCAGUCCUCGGACCAGACAGACGACACAAUCAGCCGAACACCGGCCGGGCCGCCACCGCAGGAGUCGUCUACCCUUGCCGGUACAUCAACAGCACCGGCGGGGCUCGUGCCAUCGGAACAACAGAUUAAAUCGGAGGAGGAGGAGGUGGUUAAAGAGGGAGAGAGGAAACCUAUGGUUCAAUUGUUGUUUGAGUCAGAAGUGAAGCCACUCAUCCCAGGGGUGGCAGCACACGGGGAAGGGAUGGAUGGAGUGGAGGAAAAGAUGGAUGGAGUGAAGGAAGACGUGGAGGAACUGAAGGAAGAUGUGAAUAAAGGGAAAGAAAAAAUGGAUGGAGAGAAAGAUAAGAUGGAUGUGGAUGUGGCGGAUAACUUUGAUGGAGGGAAGGAAAAUGUGGAUGAGGUGAAGGAAAACGUGGCGGGAGAGAGUGAAAAGACGGACGGAGAGAAAGAAAAGAUGGACGUGGAGGACAGGAGCAGACUUGGGAGUCAGACGGAGAGCUCCGAGGACGAAGCGGGCUGGACUUCCUGUGGAGGGAAUGAGGCCGAUCUAGAAUCUGACGCCAUGGAGGUGGUGGGGGAGGAGAAGGUGGGGUGGUCGCAGGGCGGGGAGAGAGACCCUCUGUCUGUCGUCUCUUCGCCUUCCUCGCAAGACUCUGUUGGACAUCUUGCGGGAAGGAGUCAGGCUGCGCGAGGGAUCGGCACUACUGCUGCUGAGGGAGCCGUGGUGGACGUGAUGGAAGUUCACGCCGAGGAGAAAUCUGAGCCGCGGACUGACCGGCUGAUGGGCGUGCGGACAGAGAAAGCUGUGGACACACAGACAGACACACGGACAGACACGCAGACAGAUUCGCAGACAGACCCUGGCACGCCCACAGCCGUGUGGAGUGACCGGAGCGUGCUGGAGAGUGACGGAUUCUCCCCGCACACCGACUGUGAGAACGUGAUGGAGGUAGACAACGCUCCCCCACACACUGACACACGUCCUGACACGCACACUGACGCACGCCCUGACACUAAAACGGACACACAGACAGACACACGGACCCACACAACAACCAACCCUCCAUCGUACACAAGUACCUCAGGGCUACCCAGGAGGGAGGAAGUCUCUACAGCUGCCACGGAGGAAGGUGUCGUGGAGGGAAAGACGACUGAGGAGAACCGGCUCAAGAGUGCGGCAGAUGUCCAGAUUGGGGACGCGGGUUUGGAGAAAGUGGAGGCUGGCUGCCACGUGGAGAAGUGGGAGGUGGAAGAUCGGGAAAAACCUGUGCUUGGUGGGGGGGAGAGAGAAGUGAGAGGGGAGAGAGAGGCCAGAGAGGAGAGAGUGGAAGGAAAGAAGAGAGUGGAAGGAGAGAAGAGAGAGGCAGAAGAGACGAGCGGUCCCUCCGGCCCAGAAGCGGGUAGAGGAGACGCGUCCUUCCAACCCGCGUCUGAUCCCCUGCGCCAACGCGAGAACAGGUCUCCUGAACCUUCUUCUACCAUGGAACAUUCCGGAGCCCCAGCUGUGUCGGACGUGCAGCUGUCCCCGGCUGUGAGACGCAGGCGGCUGAUGGACCGCUGCAUCGAGGGUAUCCAGCUGUGUGCCGCCAGGUUUUCCUCCCAUUACAAGUCCCUCUACAGAUUGGCCUACAUCUACUCCCACUCCGCAGACCACAAGAAUUUACAGUUCGCCAGAGACCUUCUGUUGGGUUGCCCAGAUUGGCAGGAACAAAAGCACAUGCCGGCUUCUGGUCUGUUCUAUGAGCGAAAGCUGAACAAUUUCUUCCAGGGCCUGUGGAAAAUCCCGAUAGACGACAUCGAUCGCUCCGGCUGCUUCGCUUCGCACGUCCUUCGCUCGGUGAGGCUUCUCAUGGAGGUCCUGGCACAGUUGGGAGACAUCGACACGCUCAAACAUCUCAGACAGCAGCUCAGGCGAACGCCCGACGCCGGGAAGAAAUAUCUCCGUGAUGCCGAGCGCCUGAUCCUGGCGGAGGAAGCGUUCCUCCAGUGUCUGAGCAUACUGCAGGGCGGCAUGGACCGCAGUGACCAGUGGUCAGAGGGGGAGCGCGAGGAGAACCUGGCCCGCGUCUACCGCGUCUGGCUGUCGGGGAAGGGAGGGAAGCACGGGCCGGAGGCCACCGCCGCGCUGCACAGAGCCUUCCGGACCAUGAUGAAGGGCAGGACGGAUGUGAACCGACUGACGGCCGAGCAGGCAAUCCUCUACUGUCAGCAGAACCUGGCUAAGGCAGCCACAGCACCGAGUUCGUCUUUCCCCUCGCAAUCUGCCGCCAAAGUGACCAAUCAGGCGUCGACGGACAAACCCAGGACCAACCAUUUCCCCUCCGUCCAGUCCAGCACAACACAGUCGGAGAAGCCUGCCAGGACAGAGCCAAUCAGAAGUGCCGAAUCUUCUCAGAUGGAAACAGACUCAGUGGAGACAACAACGCUGACGCAGCAAGUCGAGAGACAGUCAAACGAGGCUUGGAACUUGACGGGAAGUCGUUCUGUGUCGGGUGGAGAAGAGCUCUCCGCUGUGUGUGGUGUGUCUGGCGCGGAGAGUAUGGACGUGUCGCAGUUUGGGGCUCCGAGCUCUGGAGGGCAGCAACAACCUGCUCGCCCCCCUCCCACCACUGACACAACCCCCACCACCUCCUCCGACAUCAGCUGCAACAACUUCAGCAGCAAGAAUCCCACAACCAUUAGCACCACCAACACCUACAGCAGCAACUUCAACAUCUCCAAUGCUGCCACUACCAACAUUAACAUCAGCAACACCACCACCACCACCAUCAACCCCUGCUCCAUCUCCACCACUUUUGACAACUCCACCACCACCAGCAACACCAAUCCAACCUUCAUUAACACCAACAUCAACACCGCAACGGUCGCGACCACCAUCAACACCACCACCGCUGCUACCACUACCACCAUCAAUACUGCUUCGGCUGCGACCACCAGCAACACCACUACCCCUGCUACCACCAACACCAUCACCAGCAACACUACCACUGCUGCUUCCACCAUCAACACAACCACCGCUGCAACCACCAGCAACAUGGCUGCGACCAUCAACACCACCGCAGCUGCAACAACCAUCAACACCACCGCAGCUGCAACAACCAUCAACACCACCGCAGCUGCAACAACCAUCAACACCAUCGCCAUGGCUGCUUCCACCAGCAACACCACCCCCCUGUCACAGAAAACUGAGAUCCCCUCUGUGUGUGGCUCGACGUGGAGUGUGGUCCACACUGACAAGUUGUCCUGUGUCGGCAGCCGACGGGAAACUGACGCAGAAGCCGCGUCGUCUCUGGGUAGGAAAGUCGGAGAAGCUGCUGGUGACCCUGUCAGUGGUGUGGCAGUUGUCAGUGACACGACAGUGUCGGGCCCGCGUGUCGUCGGUGACGGAUUAGUGUCGGACGGCUCUGAGGGUGACGACGGCGGUGACCCCUGUAGAGGUCAGGAAGAAAACCUCUCACCUGCCCGAGAAGACGGUGUCAUCGUCAUAAGUGACAUCGAAUAACCCGACAGUUUUCUGAAAUAAUGCCACGUUUACCUGGAAUGUCCGAUAUUUUUUUGUCUUUGCUUUCGUUUUUGUUUCUUUCUUUUUUUUCCCAUCUGUAAAUUUUUCAAUACCUCCUUUUUGUACUUGUAGAUAUGU